AUGAAGGUCUUCCCCAUUGUUACUGCCCUUACGCUGGGUGUUGCUGAUGUCUCAGCCCACUACAUCUUCCAACAGUUCGGUGUUGGCUCAACAAAGUUCGGCGUCUUCGAACACAUUCGCAAGAACAACAACCACAACUCGCCAGUGACCAGCUUGUCAGACAACAACCUCCGUUGCAAUGUCGGAGGAGCCUCAGGUGCUAGCACCAGUGUUGUCAAUGUUAAGGCUGGAGACUCGGUGACCUUUUACACCGAUCAAGCUGUGUACCACCAAGGACCUAUUUCUCUCUACAUGUCGAAGGCGCCUGGCUCAGUUAAAGACUACGACGGAUCCGGUGAAUGGUUCAAGAUCUACGAUUGGGGCCCGACCAUCAACGGCGGCCAAUCAUCCUGGCCAAUGAGAUCAUCCUACCAAGCCAACCUGCCCAGGUGCAUCCCCAACGGAGAGUACCUCCUCCGCAUCCAAUCCCUCGCCAUACACAAUCCAGGCUCAACCCCCCAAUUCUAUAUCAGCUGCGCGCAAAUCAACGUUUCCGGUGGUGGAAACUCCAGCCCCAGUCCCACGGUCAAGAUCCCUGGCGCUUUCAAGGCUACCGACCCCGGAUACACAGCCAACAUCUACAACAACCUCCAGUCCUACACCGUCCCAGGACCCAAGGUGUUCACCUGCUAA